AUGCUCUGGUUCAGCCUUUCCCCUCCUGGCUCAUUGUCUGCAGGUGUGGCGAAGAACACUCUGAAUGUGCCACAACUGUGGCUGAGUAUUAUGCUCAGUGUGAUCCUCUGUCUGUUGCCUGCCAUUGGGUACCAGUUUCUCAAACCACUGUUAUGGCCCUUGAGUGUGGAUAAGGUUUUUGACACAAUUCAUGGCCUGAGACACCCACUGACAUUCCCAGUCCGGGGUAAAAUGAAAAUGACUGGCUUUCGACGUUCUGCCUACGCGUUCUCCCACAAACAGGGCUUUGGGCCCCUCAUCACUUCCGGCAUGUUUAUGAAGGCCAAGCGGUCCAGGAAAGGUCCUUACAGAAGGUAG